GAAUAGGUUGGUGCUGAAAGGUUGUCCUUGAUGAAGACAAAAAAGUUGAUGCAAUAUUCAUUUUUGCACCUGUCUAUCAUCCUGAUUGAUUAAAUGUAUUAUUGAUAUCAACAAUGGACCACAAUGGAUCACAUCCCUUGCUAACAGUGACCUUAUCUUUAUGUUGAAUAUUUUCUAACAGAAUAAAAAAUAAAUGCAGAAAACCUCAAAUACACUCUCAUGUCGCAUAUUCAGGCGCAUUGAACUGCACAGGAGUUUGUGGUAUUGCGUACAUCACUUGAAUGUCUUCACGGAUUAACUACUUACCAUUGAGUCUGAUCAUCGUGGCCACAUAUCUCCAUUCUGUCUCUCUCCAGAGACAAGCCAGCCAUCCAGCAAGCCAACAAGGCAGUCAACCAGCCUCUAAUGCUCUAGCGUGUUUGGCUUAGUCCUAAUCCCCCUUGGCUCACUUUAGCCAUUAUCCAGGCAGGGCUGCAGUUAACAGGCUAUAUUAUGAUCAACCAGAGCCAUCCAGGGUCAAAAAGAAUAUGCAGUUAUGGGAAUUGACAGCUCCAAAGCUUUUCAUUUUUUGUAUGAGGUAUGCUAGGCCUCUCCAGUUCUUCACAUGUUCUACCAAAUUACUGAAAAACAUGAGAAGAGAGGUGAAGUCAUAGUCAUCUGCCUUGGCCUGACACUAAGAGACACAAUACCGCCUAUUCACAGUUAAACCGGCAUUUGUAUAAUGUAAUGAAGGUGUGGAAUAUUUCAAUGCAAGGACUGUGGGGUUUGAAAGAGGAUUGAGGGUUUAAGGUAGAUUAAAUGCAGCAGCAGGAGAUGAAUGUCUUCCUUUGGGGUUUGCAUUCAGAACAUGUCAUGAACUGUGUAUUGUGUAGGCAUGCAAUCGCAAAUGAUUAAAUGGACUCCUGUGCUACCUACCAGUUCCUGUCUCUUUGGGUGCACUCUGUAAAUGUUGUCCAUGAUUGUUUCCUUAAUGAUGAUUGACUUGGUCCUACCUGACAGUACUCCAAAUCAGAGAUGCAGCCAUAGCAUUGCAGGGAUGAAUACAAUAUAAAAUGGCACUUAUUGUUUUUUUGUUUUGCAUGCAGAAACACAAAUGUUAAUUGUGUGUUUGCAUCUUUUGCAGGGAACUGAUGCCCAAGUCUUCAGAUGGCCAGUUGACCAUGGAGAAAACCCCCAGCUACUACGUCACCAAGGAGGUCCCAGCUCGAAUCUACACUAUGUCCAAAGACACAAAGCUGAUUGUAGUGGUCAGGGAUCCCGUCACUCGGGCCAUCUCUGACUACACCCAAACACGCUCCAAGAAGCCGGAUAUCCCUUCUUUUGAGAGCCACCUUCAAAACAUCUCAGCAGGUUUGAUCGACACCACAUGGAGCGCCGUUCAAAUCGGCAUGUACGCAAAGCACCUCGAGCGCUGGCUUCAGUACUUCCCCAUGGAGCAACUACUGUUUGUUAGCGGAGAGCACCUGAUAAGCGACCCUGCAGGUGAGAUGGCACGCGUCCAGGACUUUCUUGGGCUCAGGAGGGUAGUCACGGAGAAGCAUUUCCACUUUAAUCCAGCAAAAGGCUUCCCAUGCCUUAAGAGACCCGAGGGGAACAGCAAGCCACACUGCCUAGGAAAAACCAAAGGCAGGACCCAUCCUAAUAUUGACCCAGAGGUGGUGCAGAAGCUAAGGGACUUUUAUAAACCCUUUAACAGCAAGUUCUACCACAUGACGGGUCAUGACUUUGGCUGGGAUUAAGAGAAAACCAAUGAUGAUGGACUGAUGCCGCUCCCUUGUCCUUGUUUUUUUUUAUAAUUCUAUCACUCUGGAGAUAUUGUUAUACAGUGUAUGUACAGUAUUUGGUGGAUGUGUAAAAAUUCAGAAGUCUAUUUUAUGAUAAUUUAUUGUUAUGAUAUUAACUCACUAAGCUGCCUAACCAGGUUUACCCAUGAUCUAGACUUUCUGCUCCAGAUUAAAUUCUCAUCAGGUAUAUGAACAUUUUUCUAAAAGCACAAUGUUUUUACGGGUAUUUUGAGCAGGGUCAGUAUCUCUUUUUUUUCCCAGCGGAAUAUUUUUAUGUCUUCAUUUUGGAUAACCACGUCUCCUCCUUUUGCUUUUCCAAAAGCCUCUACCUUAAAAUCUGAAUGGAUCCAACUUUACAAGCAACUGGUAAUAUCCCCUUAACAUUUGCUUGACCCUCAGAGGUCUGUGGACCCACUUAGGGAGGUCGAUAAAGGCCUCAGCUGAUCCAGUGCCACUUGCCAGGUGGAUCAAUACAGUAAUAGCUCCUCAUCAUGUCAAUUAGACCUGAGUGAUGGCACUGCCUUGAUCUCUCGAGCAUUGCAAUAAAACAUGGAUGCAUUAAUGGUAGUAACUUUAUGGUUAACCCUUGAGCCAACUUCAGGUUAAUAUAAUGAUACAAAUUUCCACUGCAAUAUUUAGAGUUAACCACUAUUUAUACCGUUGUUACAGAGGAAUGUUGUUUAGGAUCCAAUCAGAGAGAGAGAGAGUCAAGUCAAGAUACUUUUUUUCCAAAAACCUGCUGUUUUGGCUUCAGAGCACCUAAUAAUUUAUGUCUCAUUCCAAAAAGAACUCAUAUAGCUUAAUGACAUUCAUACAUUUGGCUCUCAUGGAUAAUACUUUACAGAUUUGUUUUGACAGGUCAUAGUAAAUGUUUUAAUCCUACCCUCAACCCGGACACAUCACCUGAUGAGAAAAGCAAUUCUCUAUAUCUUUGGAGCGUACUUUAAGUAGUAGCUGAAGGGAAUAGAAAUAAACGUACCUUGGGCCAAAAAAUCCUCCUUUUAGUUUCAUGAACGGUUGAGUUUUAUUCAACCUUAACAAACACCUAUCGUCAGCAUUUUAACAGACAUCAUUCUACAAUGAUGUUGUGCGACCCCGCUGUUGUAGAGGCACUAUUUUUGCUGUAUGCAUUGCUUUACAAAUAUGGAAAUUAAGCAGGUUUGACUGAGAAGUUGAAUAAAAUGCAGUCAUGUCGUUUUUAUGAAGAAAAUAAAUAAAUAUGUCUUACCAAAAUCA